UAUGUAGCGCGUUUUGAUGAUUUGUCCCUCAGCACGCACCGUCGUUCUGAUACAAACAUUGCUCUUCCACUCUGAAUCUUUUAGAGCAGCAUAUGCUCUAUAAACCAUGACUUGUGGCAGUUUUGGAGGUUUUAACAGGUGAAAUGUCUGUGUUACGCAGAGCCAAGACAUGGGAAAUAUCCGAAUCUGAGAACGACAGCGACGCUGAGACAAAACCCGGUUUAAAACUGGAUGAGAGCAGUCAAACAAUACCUGUCAGCACAGACUCAACAGAGGAUAAAAGGUCAGACUGCAAACACGAAAACCUCCAACCGUCAGAAACGAAGAGCGAGUCUAAUCAAUCGUCUACUUUGUGUCCUCCGCGGCCAGAUGGAUGCGGCACACCGAGUCCUGCAAGAAAACGCCGCUCCAAAGAGGAGAUGGAUGCGGACAGACAGAAAGCCAGGGAGAGGAAGGAGGCCAGAGAGAGGCAGAGAGCUGCCAGAGCCCAGGAGAAGGAGGAGAGGCGACAGGAGCAGCAGAGGAGGAGAGAAGCUGCGGAGCACCUCAAGAGUCUGAGGCCGGAGAACUGUCUCAAGCGUCUCACGGUCUGCAUAGAUCCAGCUCUUUUGCAACAGGAGGGCUCAGAUUUCUUGUUGGACACCCUGGCUACCUUUGAGUGGAGGUUCAGCAUUGAGAGCCAGCAGCUCCCUCACAGCAUCACCUGGACCAGGGAUUUACCUCAGUUUUGUCUCCAGCAGGGAGAUGACAGCAGGGGAACAGCGGAGGAGGAGCAGGUGUUGCUGGUGCUCAGUCUGACUGACUUCUUGGACAUGGUGAUCUCUGUGAAGAAAAGGCUAGACAGUGAAGGGGAGGAGACAGGGGUGGAUUCUUUCCUCCAUCCUCUUUUGGAGUGCCUCAACCGUGAUGCCAAGAAGGUGGUCACUCUCUUAGUGACAGACUGUCAACCAGAUUACAGGACCGGUGCUUGUGGUGUGCAUCUACUAAAUUAUAGACUGCAAUCCAAACUGGGAAUGAAUAAUCUGGACAUCGAAGAGGUUCUUGUGUACCUGCAGCUCUGCAAAAAUGUCUCCCUGGUCUUCCUGGAUGGCUGGGAGGAGGUCACUAACCAUGUGUGUGCUAUCACCAAGGCCUUGUCAAAACGCCCUUUCAAACUGCUGACAGAGCGGGCGGAGCUGCCCUUUUGUGUGGACGGUUCGUGGGCCAGCGGAGUUCGGGUAGAGAGGGACGGCUCAGGGCUGAACCAGGUCUGGAGCAUGCAGAUCCAACAGCUGAACAGAGUCAGUCCUGCUGUGGCCUCCACUGUGACUGCAGCCUACCCGUCUCCUCAGCUGUUGCUGCAGGCGUACCAGAGCUUGGGGUCAGAGGAGGACAGAAAGGGGCUGCUGGCUGGUCUCUUAGUGAAGAGCGGAGGUAAAGAGAGACGUAUUGGACCGGAAAUAUCAGCCAGAGUUUACCGCUGCUUGACAGCCCAGAACCCCCAGCUGGUCCUGGACUAAUUUGACACUUGAGAAGGAGAUCAAUGAAUGUCAAUGAGGAUGAAUCUGGUUUCUAAUGAUGCCACAUCAUCACUUGGCUGCUAAUAUGUUAAUGUUGAUGUUUACAAGCUAAAAAUAUGCCUUAGAUAUCAUGUUCACCUUCCAUGAAAGCACUGUUAAUACUCAUCUGAAAUUUGUUGGAUUCAAAGAAUAGAAUAUAUUGAUAGUAUAUGAUGUUCAUUAUUUUAAUAUAAUGAUCUGUUAAUAUGUAUAAUAUGUAUGUUUAUUGUUAAAUGGAUCUCCAUUAACUGUAUGAUAUUUUUUGUUAAUAUAAAAAUGAGCUGCAACAGA